AUGACUGACUCGGCAGAGAUUAAAAAGAUUUUCGGCGAACCCCCUGGGGAGCUCCUGCUAACACAUCCUGUAUUGAACAUCCCGAUACACCGAGGAUGCGACGUUGAAAUGUUCGCUGGUGAUCCUAGCAGACCGUAUGUGGCGCGAAUAGAAGAAUACCAGCAGGGAAGAGGUCUGAGGUGUCGAUGGUACUGGCGACCAUAUACAGACUUCGGUCCAUCAGCUGGCAUGCCUGAUAUCGAGACUGCCACUGGUCGCAGUUUGAGCAGUUUUGGAAAGUCAGAGCUCUUGGGUGGAUAUAAAGAGGAUUGGAACCCUCCUGAGGCCAUUACUGGUUUAGCUAAAGUCCUACCUGUUGAAGAGUGGUUGAAAUUGAAUGUAAAAAUCCCUAUGAGAGGGGUAUACUACACAAGACAAAUUUAUUCGGAAACGGAGGGAUGCACCCCUAAACAACUCGCCAAGGCUGUCCUUGCACCGGACCCCAAAGGAGCAACUUCGUCCAUGGUCCCUAUUCUUCACCUGCAAGUCAUCAAUCCUGAGAUGAGAGUCUACGAAUGUCGUGGUUGCCAUAAACUGUAUCAUCCUAAUGCUGUACCCGGCGUGACUGCGACAAAUAAGGACUUCCCGUCCCAGGUGGCUGAGCUCAGGAGUUUCCUCACUUACUAUAGAAGUUUGCACAAGAAUCCGGGUACAGAUGUGGUUUCUGUACCCGAAAUUAAAUCACGGUCCCCAGUUGUGUUCCUAUGUGGGGGCUGCGGCUCGACCGAUGCAGCGUCACCAGCAGUAGAUCAGGGAGCUCCGGUACCAAAGACUGGGCUUGAUGAGAAGCCUUCCGUGGAAGAGUCGCGACCUUGCAACAGUGACAAGAAGAAAAAACGGAAGUCUGGGGAUUCUCCGCAAUCUCAAGAGAAACGAAAACAGGUAGCAGAAAAGUUCUUGAAAUCUCUCCUGGUGGGGGCAUCAGAGAUGAAGGCCGCCGGGCUACCUAUGACGGUGCUUGAGGUGGAAGAGGGAGGCCGAGAUGAAGAGGAGUGUCUUCGUUUAUUGGCGAGUAACAUCGAAGGUGCUCUGUAUGAUAAGCAUGAGCGUAGCAUUAAGAGCAAGGCGUAUAGAGCGGCAUAUAGGAUGGUCAAUUUCAACCUCUCGGACCCUCAAAAUGCCAGCCUUCGUCGCCGAGUCUUGACGGGUGAGAUGAGCCCUCAGCACUUAGUGACUGCCAGCCACGAUGAACUCGGCAGCGACAGUCUCAAGAAGAGGCGACUGAGGCAGCAGGAGAAGUAUUAUAAAAGUCAGGUCUUGCUCGAGAGAAAAACGCGGAAUGCCGAAUCGUCAUCAGAUGGGCCGAGACUAGAAGGCGAUGGGGGACAAAGCGUUACAGUGGUAGAGGAAACUGUAAAGCCACCACUCCCAACGAUGCCGGAGUUCGGCCUUCCACCGUCCCCUGAUGAGCAGGAUGGAGCCGAGGUGGAGGAGUCCCCGAUGAUGGAAAUUGCAGACAAUGAGGGAGAGGAGGAGGAUGAAGGUAGCGAGGAGGUGGCGGCGAUGGAAGUUGACGAGCAACUGGAUGCUGAUAUGGAUGAGAUCUCUGAUGAGGCCUUGGACGAGCUUGGGUCUAUUGAGGAAGACUUGAAUGAAGACGGGGCAGAAGGAAAGGUUGACCCCGAUGGUGAUAUUGAUGUUACGAAGGUGAGCAGCCUUUUUGAUAAGCCCGAAACUCGACAGCUGUUGGAGGAGGCCCUCCAAGGUGAAGAUGAUUAUUGGUCUGUGGAGAAAACGUCGUUGCGGCUCAAGGAGAGGGUUGAGGCGUUUCCUGCACACUUGUCAUUGAUUGAGUCGUUACGGCAGAAAUCGUGUUCUAACACUUGA